AUGUCGUUGAAGAUGGGGGCUUUGAAAGAAACUUUUUACAUCUCACAUGGUUCUCCGACUCUUUCCAUCGAUGAUUCAUUGCCGGCACGCCCCUUCCUCUUGUCCUUCAGGCAGAAGGUAUUUCCUGAGAAGCCUAAUUGCAUUCUGGUCAUUUCGGCUCACUGGGAGACCUCUGAGCCCUCCGUCAAUGUCAUUAAUGGCCCAAAUGAAACCAUCCACGAUUUCUAUGGCUUCCCCAAGCCCAUGUAUCAGCUCAAGUAUCCAGCACCUGGAGCUCCAGAAUUGGCAAAGAAGGUGAAGAAACUGCUGGAGGAAGCUGGCUUCAAACGGGUGCAUGAGGAUAAAAAGCGUGGUUUGGACCAUGGCGCAUGGGUCCCUCUUAUGCUUAUGUAUCCAGAGGCUGACAUCCCCGUGUGCCAGCUCUCUGUACAGACAAAUAUGGAUGCUAAUCACCAUUAUAACUUAGGAAGGGCAUUGGCUUCCCUAAAGAAAGAAGGUGUCCUCAUAAUUGGUUCUGGUUCUGCCACUCAUAACCUAAGGACCAUGCAAGGCACCAAUGAUACUGUUGCUUCAUGGGCUUUAGAGUUUGAUAAUUGGCUCAAAGAAUCUCUUCUUACUGGCAGGUAUGAAGAUGUUAACAACUACGAAGAGAAGGCACCAUUUGCGAAACUUGCACAUCCAAGGCCCGAACAUUUCUAUCCGUUACAUGUAGCAAUUGGUGCUGCUGAUGAAAAUGCAAAAGCUGAACUUAUCCACAAUAGCUGGACUAAUUCCACACUUUCUUAUGCAUCCUACAAGUUCACUGAAACAACAUAA